AUGCGUCUGUCGUGGUCCGUCCUCCUGGUCGGGGCAAUCGCUUCGUCAAUCCCGCUCGCCUCUUCACAUGAAGUUCAUCUGAGCUAUCUUCCGGCCUCACAGCCCGUCCCCUCGGUGGAAUCAUACCUGUCUGUGGAAUGGUCCAUGCAGGAUGGCAAAUUAUUCGCCAAUGGGGAUUUAGUCUUUCCACCUAGCAUGUCAAUGCAGGUGCAUGCUCCCCGCUACGAAAGUGCGCAGAAGACGCGCAUCGACUCAGAAACUCUCUACUACUCUCUGGAGGUCCGACCCCUCUCCAGCCAUGAAGUUGGCGCCCCGCACGGCAUUGUGAGAGUCGAUGUCGAAUUUAUGGAUCGUGAGGGUCACUCCGUCACGCCGAACACGGUCGUGUUGGAUUUGCUAGAUCAUCCAGAUGGCAACCCUCGCAUUACCAAGAUUCGAAUUGAACCGGGGAAGUCGCGGGAGAACCAGGGUGAGCACAAAUGGCAGAUGAAGUUCUGGCAGACCGAAAUGGGCGCCCUCUUCAAGCACACCGAGACCAAGGCGACGAAGCCUUCCAGAAUCGAAGCAUCUGUCCAAUCCGAACCAACCAAAUCUGCGAAGUCUGAUGUCGCCGACCCCAAACCCAGCAGCGUGGUGGAGUCGACUGUUGGAUACAUCUUUUCACCAUAUUUUGCGCCCUCGUCGUACUCUCAUCGAACAAACCGUCACUCGCACGGCCAUCACGAUCACACCUUUAUGCGCCUGGUGCGACCUGUGGUCCUCCCCGCAUUGCUCGGCGCCGUGGCUGGCUUGCUCGCUUGCCUGCUUGGCUUCCUCGUUGGACAUGUCAUCAUGUCCGUGUCCUACCGGUUGGGGCUACGCAAACAUCCCCGCCAUCACCGUCGCUCACGGACAACCCACGUUGAAGACGGAAUUGUACCAGAAAAAGCUGGUCUGUUACCCGAGAUCUAUGUGACUGAGUCCGAGGUCUAG